UUGUGUACAGCAGGAAUCUUUCAAUGGGAAAUUACAAAUCCAGACCGUCGCAGACGUGUACAGACGAAUGGAAAAAGAAAGUGGUGGAGUUCUACUCCGUCAUCGAGGAGAAGCUGGAAGACGACUUCCAGCUCCCAGAGAGCCAGCUGCCCGACCUGGAGCUCGCCUUCAGCUCGGAUGAGGCUUUUCAGAAGGUGAACGUGAGCUACCGGACGGAGAAGGGGCUGUCGCUGCUGCAUCUCUGCUGCGUGUGUGGAGGCAGCAAAGCCCACCUGCGCACCUUGAUGCUCAAAGGUUUGCGUCCCUCCAGACUGAGCAGGAACGGCUUCACCGCUCUCCACCUGGCUGCGUUCAAGGACAACGCUCAGCUGGUGACGGCCCUCCUGCACGGCGGAGCAGACGUGCAGCAGGUGGGCUACGGCGCCCUCACAGCCCUGCAUGUCGCCACGCUGGCGGGACAUCAUGAGGUGAGACGCCGCCGCCGCCAGCAGAUGAGGAGAACUUCCUGUUUGCUGAUGUUCUGUGGUUUGCAUCAUCAGACAGCAGACAUCCUCCUGCAGCAUGGAGCUGAGGUCAACGUUCAGGAUGCCGUGUUUUUCACGCCGCUGCACAUCGCCGCCUAUAAAGGUCACGAGCAGGUGACGAAGCUCCUGCUGAAGUUCGGGGCGGAUGUGAACGCCAGCGGGGAGGUGGGGGACCGGCCGCUCCACCUGGCCGCGGCCAAAGGUUUCCUCGGCAUCGUCGAGCUGCUGAUGGGUGACGGCAGCAGAGCGAACGUGAACGCGCAGGACAACGAGGAUCACGUCCCGCUCCACUUCUGCACCCGCUACGGUCACCACGACAUCAUCCGCUUCCUUCUGCAGGGCGACUUCCACAUCCAGCCUCACUGUGUCAACAUCUACGGAGACACGCCCCUCCACCUGGCCUGCUAUAACGGCAAAGCGGCUGCAGUGAAGGAACUCAUUCAGCUUUCCGGUCCGGAGAGUCUCUCCAAGGAGAACAUCUUCAGCGAGACGGCGCUUCACAGUGCGUGCACCUACGGCAAAGACCUGGAGAUGGUGAAGUUUCUGCUGAACCAGAACGCCAUGAGCAUCAACUACCAGGGCCGAGACGGACACACAGCUCUGCACAGCGCCUGCUUCCACGGCCACAUCCGCUUGGUGCAGUUCCUGCUGGACAGCGGCGCCGACAUGAACCUGGUGGCCUGCGAUCCGAGCCGCUCCAGCGGGGAGAAGGACGAGCAGACCUGCCUGAUGUGGGCCUACGAGAAGGGCCACGACGCCAUCGUGACUCUACUGAAGCACUACAAGCGUCCAGACGACUCUCCGUGCAACGAGUACUCUCAGCCGGGAGGAGAUGGAUCCUACGUUUCUGUGCCGUCUCCUCUGGGAAAAAUCAAGAGCAUGACUAAAGAGAAAGCUGAGGUUCUGGUUCUCAGGGCCAGCCUCCCGUCCCACUUCCACCUGCAGCUGUCUGAGCUGGAGUUCAAUGAAAUCAUCGGAUCAGGCUCCUUUGGGAGGGUCUACAGAGGCAAAUGCAGGAACAAAAUCGUGGCCAUAAAGCGCUACCGAGCGAACACCUACUGCUCCAAGUCCGACGUGGACAUGUUCUGCAGAGAGGUCUCCAUCCUCUGCCGCCUCAACCACCCCUGCAUCAUCCAGUUUGUGGGGGCGUGUCUGGACGACCCCAGCCAGUUCGCAAUCGUCACCCAGUACAUCUCCGGGGGGUCCUUGUUCUCCCUGCUGCACGAGCAGAAGAGACUCAUCGACCUGCAGUCCAAGCUCAUCAUCGCCAUCGACGUGGCCAAAGGCAUGGAGUACCUGCACAACCUGACCCAGCCCAUCAUCCACCGGGACCUGAACAGUCACAACAUCCUGCUGUAUGAAGACGGUCACGCCGUGGUGGCGGAUUUUGGGGAGUCCAGGUUCCUGCUGUCGGUGGACGAGGACAACAUGACCAAGCAGCCCGGGAACCUGCGCUGGAUGGCUCCUGAGGUCUUCACGCAGUGCACGCGCUACUCUGUGAAGGCCGACAUGUUCAGCUACGCCCUCUGUCUGUGGGAGCUGCUCACCGGAGAAAUCCCCUUCGCUCACCUGAAACCAGCUGCUGCAGCGGCAGACAUGGCUUACCAUCACAUCCGGCCCCCGCUGGGAUACUCCAUCCCCAAACCCAUCUCUGCUCUCCUCAUGAGGGGCUGGAACUCCUGCCCAGAGGACCGACCCGAGUUCUCCGAGGUGGUUUCCAGUCUGGAGGAAUGUCUGUGCAACGCCGAGCUGAUGUCUCCAGCCUCCAGCAACAGCAGCGGCUCCCUCUCGCCCUCCUCCUCCUCCGACUGCCUCCUGGCGCGAGGAGGACCCGGCCGGAGCCACGUGGCGGCCCUGCGCUCCCGCUUUGAGCUGGAGCACGCGCUCAACACGCGCGCCUACGCCUUCUGGACUCAGAGUGAGCGUCGCCGAGCUUCAGGUGGACUUUCUCUGGAGGAACUCCGGAGGAACAUGCAGUUCUCUCCCAUCGAUCGAAAUGGAUACGUGUCGGACCCCAUGAGCACCAUGAGAUUCUGCUCCUCCUUCAGCAGCAGCGGCAGCUUCGAAGACAGCAACUGAUCUGCAGAAAAACUGUUUUUGUUGAGCUUUUAUGUACAUGUACUGAGUUCUUUGAAACUAUAGAGGUGAAGAGUGCAGCUGUAGAGGAUCUGGUUGUAAACUUGUUGUGUUUAGUUCAGUGGUAAUCGUGUAAAAUUGUUUUUUGAGCAGGAAGAUAAAAAGUCACUCUCUAA